CCGGGUUCUGCAAAGCUGCGAUGCAGAGGACGCAGCAACGGCCUGGCCGGCUUGAGCCAACGAUCUCGCGAGUACGCCAAAUUGGAUGAAUGGGUGGGUCGGAGAAGCCGCCGGGGGUGGAAAUGACAGGGGCCCCUGUUGUAUCAGCCGAUGUGUUUGAUGCAUUUGUCCAUGAUAUGCAAGCAGUGGGAUUCUGGCCGGGAGCUGCUUAUUACCUGAACCUUGAAAGGAAUGCAGAAUACAAUGGAAAGCAUCCAGGAAGACUGGUGCUGCCUGUGCUGUUUGUCCAUGCAACGUGGGACUUGGUGUGCUGCACAAUCCUAUCAAGGCUUGCAGAACCCAUGCGCAAGACCUGCAGGAACCUCACCGAGGAGAAGUCGAGGCUGGUCGCCUUGGUGCACCUGCAGAAGCCAGCAGAGGUCAACACAGCCGUGAUGUGUUUUCUGGAGGGGCAUCGGCUGAUGGAGGAACGAGCUAGUGAUGUCAGAGAUGAGGACGAGGAUGGUCAUGGCCAUGGUGAUCGAGGGGUGGGCAGCUGGAACAAAGAAGUCGGGCAUCAGCGAGCGGCAUCCCCGCUGCGUCCCCCGAUUAGGCUGUCCGUUGGUCUGGUCUGGGUCGGUCUUUGCUCAAAAUUUCCACACCAAGGUGGUCUUUGGUCUGGGUUGGUCUUUAAGGCAAAGACCAACCUCCAGACCGGGCGUGGGUGGUUUUUUUAACUAAACCCAUCUAUGCAUAAAUCUGGUAUAAAUGUGCAUAUUUGGGCAAAUCACCAGCAUUCUCGGCAUAAUUUUGCUGACUGAUUGUUGAUAUACUUCCUAAAAAGGUAAUGUUGGUGGUGAUCACGGACCAGUGGAGGCAUGUUCAAAAGACCGACCCAAGGUGGUCUGGUCCUACUCUCAAAUUUCCCAACUUGGUCCGGGUUGACUGUGUAAAAGACCAAAGACCACCGGUUUCCACCGGCCCCAACGGACACCCUACCCCCGAUGUGGGGUUAAGUCCUUGGACCGGCCUUAAGCCGGAGUUUGCAGUG